AUGCUUCACCGGAGCUUCAAGCCCGCCAAAUGCAAAACGGCGUUGAAGCUUGCCGUUUCGAGAAUAAAGCUGUUGAAGAACAAGAAAGAUGCACAGGUGAAGCAGAUAAAGAGGGAAUUGGCCCAACUGAUGGAGAGUGGGCAGUACAGGACUGCUAGGAUUCGGGUUGAACAUGUGGUGAGGGAAGAGAAGUUGAGGGCAGCGUAUGAACUUGUCGAGAUAUAUUGCGAACUUAUUGCAGCAAGAUUGCCUAUGGUUGAGGCGCAGAAGAACUGCCCAAUUGAUCUGAAGGAAGCAGUAUCUAGUGUAAUAUUUGCAUCUCCUAGAUGUUCGGACGUACCAGAACUCAUGGAUAUCCGCAAGCAUUUCACAGCAAAAUAUGGAAAGGAGUUUGUCUCUGCAGCUGUUGAACUGCGCCCGGAUAGUGGUGUAAGCCGCAUGUUAAUUGAGAAAUUGUCUACCAAAUCACCUGAUGGCCCUACCAAGAUGAAGAUUUUGGCUGCAAUUGCAGAGGAACAUAAUGUUAAAUGGGAUCCUGAGGCAUAUGAAGAGAAGCCUCCUGAAGACCUGCUGAACGGACCAAAUACUUUUGGCAUGCCCAGUCUAGAUUCUGCUCCACCUCCACCUACUCAUGAUGUCAGGGUGCCUCCUAAUGUUCAAGUUCCUAAUAGCAUGGCCAGUAAAGCUCAUGUGGAACCCCCCCCUGGUCCACCUCCACCUGAUCAAGCUCCUAAUGCUCAAGUUCCGCGCAGAAAUUAUGAGUAUCAUAAUAGACCCAUGAACUCUCAUGAGCUGAAUGCAAGGUCAUCACCUCGCUCGGAUGAUUCUGCUUCUACAAAUGUUUCUGCCAACAACGCAACCACAUCUGCCAACUUUCAUCCAGAAACGACAUCUUCAGGCAUCAGAAGUGAUCAAAUGGAAAUGCAUGCAUUUCCUGGGGAUGAUAAUUCGUCGGGCAGGCAGAACUGGAAUAUGCAAUUUAAGGAUGCCGCCUCUGCAGCACAGGCAGCUGCUGAAUCAGCAGAACGAGCAGGCAUGGCAGCUAGAGCAGCUGCAGAACUCUCGAGGCAAUAUUCCUCUGAAAUGCACAAUAGAAGUAACCAGUCAGCCUCUGUGCCAACUAAUACAAGUUCCAUUAACAAUGAGCAUUUGGUGAAUAAUAUCCAGACAGCAUAUCAAUAUCCUCAAAAGAAGUCACCUGAACAACAAAGGCGUGACAGUUUAGGUAAGGUGAGCAUGAAGAGACAGUCUGGUAAUUUUGUGGAUAUGCAUGCGAGUGAGAUGCAAGCUGCUAUCAAACCUGAGAAUAUUCCCUACUUUGGAGAUAUAAGAUCUGAAAAGAAAUCUAGCAGGACUUCCUCCCCAUCUAGUUCAAGCGUUGUUAGUGAUCAUCAGGAAGAUGUUUUGAAAGAGGAUGACCAUAUCAAUUAUUUCACAGAUCUGGGUACUGAAAACCAAUCUAUCAGGUCCCCCUCUCCUUCUCAUUCAGGACAUUUUAGUAACAAUCACGGCAACUUCUCAAGUGUUUCUGGUGAGGAUUCUUUUGUUAGUGAUGCUAACAUCCAUCAAAGCACAAUUGGAAUGACUUCUGAGGGAAAUGCUUCUCUAGUUUUUGAUGAUUCUGGUUCGGACGAUGAUAACUAUAAGGGACAAGAAACAAGUUUGUUUUUCUCCUCUCCUGCUAGAAACUCAUUCCCUUCAGCUAGUUUAGAUCCUUGGAGUUUCGAGCAAAAGACAGAUGAAGUACCAUUCAAGAGCGUUUCGCCAGUACGUUCUUCGCCAGUGCAGCACGCUGUUUUUUCUGAAGGAUUGACAGGUUCUACAGUUCCUUCAGAACCAAAUGACUUCUUGCCUGUUACUUUUGAUGCUUCAGAUGGCCCAAGUUCAGACAGUGAGGAGGAGUUGGACACGUCCAAGCAGACUAUUCAAUCCUUAAAUUCAGGGAAGAAUCAGAGUACAAGCCAAAGGUCAUUAGCAUCUUCAUCGUAUGAUGAUGUACAUCCUGAGAGAAGCCAGGGGAUGGAAUACAGUUUUUUCUCAGAUAAGAGGUUUGGUGAUGGUGACUUGCCCAGUAGUGAACCAUCUCGAAGGCUGAAGAACUCUGGAUUAGAUGCAAAUGCCAAGGAACAUUUACCUCAAACAGUGAAAGACAGUGAGGAAUGUAGUUGUGUAAGUGAUACUGACAAUGAGUUGUUGGCCUUUGGGGUCUUGAAAGGUGGCCUCCGGAACAAGGGUUAUAGUCUUCCAUCAUAUAAACGGAAUUCAUCGGGCACUGCUUUUUCGGGCAAACAAGUUACUCAAGAUACUCCACCAGUCGGGACUUCGGAUGUUUCUCAUAUGUCUAGUGAAGGGCCAUAUACCCGGAAAGGGAGCACUAAGCUAAAUAAGGAACGAAGCACUAAAACCCCUGUCACAGAUGUCGCUCCUUUUGAUGAUUCUUCAGAUGAUGAACUCUCACAUGAAACUCUAAGCAGUAGUCGCCAAGACCUGUACAAUCAGAAAUCGGUCUCUUCAGUAGUACCUGAUGAUUCUUCAGAGGAUGAACUGUCACAUGAAACUCUUAGCAGUAGUGGCCAAGACCUGUACCAUCAGAAAUCAGUCUCCCAAGGAAAGACAAGCUCAAUGUCUGCAUUUUUCUUUAAUUCAGAGGAUAGUGAGGCUGAGGAAGAUCUUCCUAGAAAGAUUUCCACCACAAUUGCUCGUCCAAGUCCACAACUUUCUAGAAGGACACAACCCUCUUCUUCAAAUUCUGUUAGAAGUUCUGGCUUAAGGACAACUGUUGCUCCUGAUGCACCAAGGACUUCAGACUACGGAAAAUCUUCUUCAAGAAGUUCCAAUGCCACUGAAACUCUACCAGAGCCUUCAGUAAGUCAGGAAUGGCAGAGACCUAUAGAACAAACAACCUCUUAUUCAAUUCCAGAAUCCAAGAAGACCGGGACAUCAGUCUAUGGAAGUUCCUCUUCAAGAAGUUCUAAUGCCACUGAAACUCUACCAAGUGCCUCGUCCCAGACCAAGAGCUCAGAACGUUUGGCAAGUCAGGAGUGGCGUAGACCAGUAGAACAAGCAGCUCCUAAACCAAUACCAGAAUCUAAGAGGUCUUCACGUGUAGAGACUUCAAAGUCAAUUGCAAGGGAGGAAUCAUCCAAUACCCCUCCAAUGAUUGUAAGAUCAGAGAGAACUGAAGCUACUGAAACUUCAAGGCCCUCAGGUUCAAAGUCGCUUGGAAGAGAACAAUCAUCUAAUCCUCCCAAGAUUGAAAGAUCAGAAAGUAGCGAAAGCUCAAAGUCUUCAGGUUUGAAGUCAUUUGCUAGAGACCAAUCAUCCAGUCUUCCUGCAAAGGUUGUAAGAUCAGAGAGAACUGAACCUUCAAAGUUCUCUCCUCCAAAGUCAUAUACAAGGGACCAAACAUCCAAUCCUCCAAAGAUUGUAAGAUCACAGAGCACUGAAACUUCGAAGUCCUCUUCUUCAGUGGGAAAGGCUUCUCAUGUCCACCCUAAGCUCCCUGACUCGGAUGACUUGUUCGCUAAGUUUGCAGCCCUCAAGCAGAAUCGUCAAUAAACCAAUUUAUUUGCACAUACAAUAUAGGAUAUUUUUUUGUGAGUAUUAGAUUCUUUCAUUUACUUGAAUUUUUGGCCAGUGUCAAGUACUGUGAUUGCUGCUACAUGCCACUGUGUGAGUCCCUGCUUCUUUUCUCUUUUGUACAUGUGCAAGAGAUGAUUGUUACAUAGUUCUGUAAUAAAGGUUUACCCAAGUGCUAUAUGUUAUAUCUUGUGACUUAGCUGUGUCGU